UCGCUAACAGGUGGCAUCUGGACAAGGGCGUACGCAGCCUUUCGUACAGUCCACAUACACAUCCAACCUACAUCCGCAUACGCACCCAAUCUCUCUCCCCUCGGCACUCCCUCGUCUCUCCUCGCUCCCAGCAAGCGCGCGAUCCCGCUGCAGUCCACCCGCUCCCGAUUCGACGCCCUCAACCUCCGUAGCGAACGCCGGACGCAAUGGCACGCAAACAGGCCCAGCCGGCGGCGACGAUACCAGCGUCCGCGGCCGCUCCCACGCACGCACAACCGUCCGCCGGAAGGCCAGCUGCGGCCGCGCCGUCGUCAAGCACGAACCUCAAGAACGUCCACGACCCGGCGGCGAUCGCCAACGCGGUGUGGCAGAACUACCUCAAGCAGACGCCGCAGCGCGUCAAGCUGAUCGACGUCUUCAUGGCCUUCCUCGUCGUCGUCGGAGCGAUCCAGUUCGUGUACUGCGUGCUCGCAGGCAACUACCCCUUCAACGCCUUCCUGUCCGGCUUCAGCGCCACCGUAGGACAGUUUGUCCUCACAGCCAGUUUGCGGAUACAGACCAACCCGGAGAACCGAAAGGAGUUCAAGGAGAUCAGUGACGAGCGGUACGUGAGCCCAUGUUCUCCUCUUCGUUUCCUCCUCUCCCCUUCUCUAACCCGUCUCCCAUCCACGUUCUCCCUUCCAACCGCGCUGCCGCACGAGACGCGCAAAGCAGGCUAAAUACAUGUCGAUCCAGGGCGUUUGCGGACUUUGUCUUUGGCAGCCUGCUGCUGCACUUCUUUUGCGUCAACUUCAUCAACUGAGCCGCGGCACCUGGGAAUGAUUUCGGGGGAAGCGAACAAUGGCGUUUUAAGGAACGGCUCCGCGACCGCUCGCAAGAUCUUGCUUGAACGUAGACGGUGUAUGAUAUAUCUGGAGGGGAGAAAACAGGAGCGGGAGAGAUGUGUAAGAUCAAAAAGGGAGAUCAUGGGAAGACGAAGGUAAUCUGCCCAAAAUAGAAAAAAAAAAGAGGCACGCGGUCGGUCUUUUCCUUUUAGAAAAGUAAAUAACUCUUGGAGUGCUCCGGGCGAAACCCGAGAUGAUGUUUCACGCAAAAAAAGCGAGGCGGUUGCCACGAAGCAGAUGUUCUAUAGACUACUCGUCUAGCUAUGCGCCGUUCAUGAACAUGGGCUCUGACGAUGCUUCCCAAUUGAAUCCUUACGUUGCCCUCGUCGCCCCGGGUUUUGACAAUUGGAGAAAUUAAAGGGGGAAAAGAAAUAAAAAAAAAAAAAAUAAAAGACGUAGCCUCCACAUUAAUCAUUUUAACGCCACGGUAUGCGCGCCAUUCACAG